GGCAAGUGGAUGAUGAAGGUGACUCCCUGGUGCCUGAGAGCGAGCAGAGGAGGGCUGUGGACGCAGGAGCGAGACGCCAUGGAGUCUAGCUUCACCUCCAAGGACACCUACCUGACCCAUUUUAACCCUCGGGUUUACCUAGAAAAGUACUACAGCUUUGGGUCUAAACACACCGCAGAAAGUGAGAUUCUUAAGAAUGUUCUGAAAAACCUUUUCAAGAUAUUCUGCAAAGAUGGCAUGAAGGGGGACCUCCUGAUCGACAUCGGCUCCGGCCCCACCAUCUACCAGCUCCUCUCUGCUUGUGAAUCCUUCAAGGAGAUCAUUGUCAGCGACUACAGCGAGCGCAACCUGCAGGAGCUGGAGAAGUGGCUGAAGAAGGAGCCGGGGGCCUUCGACUGGUCCCCAGUGGUGGCCUACGUGUGUGAGCUUGAAGGGAACAGCCCAGGCCCCCUCUCCUGCCCAGGGGCCUCAGCUCCUGCAGUGCGAGGUGUUUGCUGUUACGCGCACCGAGACCCCGCAGCCGUUGAUUUGACUCCUAUCUGGCAUUAUUUCCCUUCACCUGAAGAACUUCUUUUAGUAUUUCUUAUAAUGCAGGUCUGCUGGAGACAAAUUCUAUCAUCUUAUCAAACCAGUGAGGAGUUGAGAAAGGCUACUUCCAUAUGGCACUUUAACCUGGAAACCCCUUACUUAGAAUUUCAUGCUGCCUAUGGUCUUCAGACUGAAGAUAGGUUCAGAUAAAAGUAAUUUCAAGCUUCUCUUUUCUAUUGACUUUGUGAUUCCACAGAAUGAAAUUGGGAUUAACUAGAAAAAAAAAACCCUGAAGCAAUGAGGGUUUGAACACUAUCCAAGAUUAUUAAAUAAAUAAGGAAUUUCCUGGGAUUCACAGAAUUGCAGGGAAAGUCUGUAAAAAAAAAGUCCUCAGUUACUGUCAGACAGCACACCUUUCUGAAGCCCAAAUCCUGUCGAGGAGGCUUUUAGGACUUGGUUCUGAAUUCCCCUACCUGUCUUAAGCCUUUCCAUCUCGUUAGAAAUGAACUCUUAAAAUCUAGCAGGACACUAAAAGCAUCACUCAUCUAGCAGGACACUAAAAGCGUCACUCAUCUAGCAGGACACUGAAAGCAACACUUAUCUAGCAGGACACUAAAAGCAUCACUCAUCUCACGCCAGAACCAUCCGCUUCUAACAACUGGCUCUUGAGACACCGGCCCUUCCCCAUCUGCCUGUUAGACUGAGUAAAUUCUGCAUUUGCACCCUCCUGAUCCUGUAGCUGCACCUGCUUUGAGAAUGACGGCGAUCCCAUUCACCUGCCGUCUCCCUUGCUUCUUCAAGACCUCUGUCAACUCACAGCCUAUUUCCCCUGAUCUUACUUCUUCUUUAUCUAAAGCUAUUUCUUGUGCUGACUCUGGCCAAGACAUUUGAGCUGUUCCCUGUUCCUCUGCCUUUGGAAUACGAUGCCUACAUUUAGAUACCACUCAUUUUAAAAACUAUCUGAAAAGUUGUAAGACAUUCUUGCUUCACUGCUACUCAUUCAUCAAGUCCGAAAGUCAGAGACUAAGGAAUAACUACCCAAGCAUGAACCAAGGAAACUAAGCUUUACUCUAAGAAGCCCUAGAAACAGCAUUGGUUAACCUCCUGCUCCUGGAACUCGGAGCCCACUGCCUGGUGGUCUCCAGACGAGCAGCUUCCGCAUCACCGAGAACAGAGAAUCUCAGGCCCCACUCACUAUCUGCAGAACUCUCAUGAGCUGCCUUUGAACGAGAUCUGCCGGGGAUCCGCAUGCAUGUUAGUCUGAGAAGUACUAGAGCUUCCCAAAAGGUGAGCCAGGACACACUAGUGGGGGACGUACUCUGCAAAUUCUCCUUGGCCCUCAGGGCAGCCAGGAGGGGCUGUGGGGCUGGAGCCCCUCCUGGUUGCCUCUCCAGAGAGCCGCCUGUCCACUGACCUCAGUGUCGCUGGCAGGAGACGGCCAGAGCACCUGCAGAGGGGGCCGUUCUCUGAACUAAGUGCCCUCCAUACAAAGAUUUUCUUAGGUGUUUAAAAAGAUGUUUGUCUGUUGCCCAGAAUAGACACAGUAGGGCCAAAUUUGUCCCACAAACUAGUGAGCUGCCUCUAUUAAAGCAUCUCUGUAUCUUCA